AUUUUAUUGACUCUAUUCCCCUUCACUUUUUUCAUUCAUCCCUCCACACAAUCCCUUUUGGUAACCAUCCUGUUAGUCUCUAUUUCUCUAUGAGUCUGUUUUUGUUUUGUUUGCUUGUUUUGUUUUUAUAAUUCAUUGUUUGGGAUUGUUAAGGAUCAAUUAUGGAUGUUAUGAAUAUACAAUUAUGGAUAUUAUGAAAGCUGCCAAGACAGGCAGGAAAGGGUUUAUCACAUCUUGGUAGACAGUAAGCAGGUCUGCUUGUCGGGAAGCACACGUCAGGGUGCAGCUGGAGAUAAGGGUAGUGAGUUAGAGGAGGUGGCUAAUGGGUAGAUGUUUUUGAAACCCAUCUUCAAUUUUACUCAGAUUUGGAAAGUAAAUGGGAGCAAGCUUUGCAGAAAGGGUGCUUUAGGGACAAAACUUAUGAAAAGGAAUCGCUUUGCAGUUAGCUGGGGAGGGGAAGGGUGUGAGGGCCAAAGGUCCCUGACACCCGGUGGCACUUGGAGUUUCCCUCGCAUUUUUUAGGGAGGCCUCUCUUUGCUCUGUUCCUUUAUCAGGGGCGGACAGGCAGGGCGGAGCUUGUGGUGUUCAGGAGCAGCUUGAAGGGAGUCUGUGGGACAGACGAGGGAGCCCCGGGCUGAGGGCUGCGGGCGUUAGAAUGAAAGGAGAGCUUUUCCUAGGCCCACCUCCAGAGCCCUUCCUGACCCCGCUGCCUGAUGCCUGACCUCCCUGGAUGGAUGGAGGGAGGGUCCGCAGCUCGGAGACUCCAGCUCUGCCACACAAAGGGCCCUUGAUCCCAAAGGUGUUCGGAUGGAGACAGCAAGUUCCUCCUGCUCCUGGCUCUCCAGCUGCCUCAUCACCCUGGCCUUCCUGCAGCUGCCCAUCCACGUGUCAGGAGAGUCCGGCCAGUUCCACCUGGCGCCGCUAGGGGGCACAGCCAGGCUGCUCUGCCCGCUCUCGCUCUGGUCCGUCCCGGCGCUCACGGAGGUGCGAUGGCUGCGGUCCCUGCCCCGGCGGCGCUCCCAGGUGGUCCACGUGUUCCGGGAGGACAAGGUCCGCGAGGAGGACGUGGUGCCGGAGUUUAAGGGGAGGACGGCGCUGGAGAGGGACGCGCUGGAGGGAAACGUCACGCUGGAGAUCCGCCACGUCCGGCUGGAGGACCGGGGGCCGUACCGGUGUCAGGUCCGCAUCGCCAACCUGAGCCGGGAGGGCACCGUGGUCCUGCAGGUGGCAGUUCUAGGCUCCGACCCUUACAUCCACGUGAAGGGCUACGACGCGGGAUGGAUCCAGCUGGUGUGCAGGUCGGCGGGCUGGUUCCCACGGCCGUGGGCCGAGUGGAGAGACCCUCACGGCAGGGUGCUUCCAUCGGAGCCCCAGGCCCUCUCCCUGGACGAUGCGGGGCUCUUCGAAACGGCCGUCUCCAGCAAAGUCAGGGACAGCACCGUGGGCAGCGUGUCCUGCACCAUCCGCAACGAUGCCCUGGGCCAGGAGAAGACCACGGCCAUGGUCAUAGCAGCCCCAUCUCCAGGGAGGAUCUCCCCCUUAGCAGUGGCUCUUGCUGUGGUCCUGGCUGUCCUGGGGCUUCUCCUCAUGGCAGGCAUUUGUGUCAUCUGGAAGCAAAGACGAUCAAAAGAGAAGCUUCUCUAUGAACAGGUGGUGGAGGUAGAAACUCUUCUCGAAGACCAUGCAAAAGAAAAAGGAAGGCUCCACAAAGCCCUCAAGAAACUCCGGAGUGAACUGAAGUUGAAAAGAGCUGCAGCCAACUCAGGCUGGAGAAGGGCCCGGCUGCACUUCGUUGCCGUGACCCUGGACCCCGACACCGCGCACCCCAAGCUCAUCCUGUCGGAGGACCGCCGGUGCGUGAGGCUGGGGGACCGCAGGCAGCCUGUGCCCGACACCCCACAGCGGUUCGACUUCGUGGUCAGCGUGCUGGGCGCUGAGGCCUUCGAGGCCGGCUGCCACUACUGGGAGGUGCUGGUGGCCGACAAGACCAAGUGGAUCCUGGGCGUGUGCCGCGAGGCGGUGAGCCGCAAGGGCAAGGUCACGGCCUCGCCCGCCAACGGGCACUGGCUGGUGCGGCAGAGCCGCGGCGCCCAGCUCGAGGCGCUCACGUCCCCGCAGACCCCGCUGCGCCUGCGGGAGCCCCCGCGCUGUGUGGGCGUCUUCCUGGACUACGACGCGGGCGUCAUCUCCUUCUACGACGCCUCCGACCGGUCCCACAUCUUCACCUUCACCCACGCCGCCUUCUCCGGGCCGCUCCGCCCCUUCUUUGAACCCUGCCUGCACGACGGAGGGAAGAACACGGCCCCUCUGGUCAUCUGCUCGGAGCCCCACACACCGGAGGAGCCCGUGGCCCCCAAGCCCGAGGGGAAAGGCCACGCCAACGGAGACGUGGCCCUCAAGGUGGACCCUUCCCUCCGGCCCUGGUCCCCUGAUCUGGGACCGGCGCUCCAGGGGCUCAAGGUUCCCUCUUUUUAGGGAGCUGCUCCCCGACCAUCCAUCCGGUCCAGGGCUCCCUGGGUUUCAGACUCCUGGCCCCACCCUGGCCUCAUCUGGACCAGCUCACCUCCUUUCCCCAAGUCCAGACCCGUUUGUGGUUUCUAUUCGUGUAAUCAUCUUUCUCCGGUUUCUGAACCCUGUCCCCUUUCGGGGACUUGAAGUUCUCAUUGCCUCGGAAAAAUUCUGGAAAACCAAGUGAGCAAUCAGAAUUAGGGCUGGGUGGGGAUGAUGAGUGUGUGUCUGAGAUCCGGGGUUCUCUGUUCGAGGGGCUAUGUAAGAGAAACUUCAUUUGAUCUCAUCCUGAACUUGGGCUUUUAUUUCAUUUUUAAAAAAUAUUUCUUUAUUGACUUCAGAGAGGAAGGGAAAGGGAUAGAGUGAUAGAAAUGUC